CACUCACUUUAUGUUGAGCUAGUUCCAUUUCUGUUUUGCAGUGGAUUUACUCUUAGAAGCUGACAUGAGUUACUUUCAAGCAUCAUUGGUCUGAGAUAACCGAAACAAAGCAGUAGGCUCUCCCUAGAGGUUCACAAAAUCAAGUCAGAGCAACUGUAGUUUUUCUGAUGGAAUUAUAAAUUCUGAGAGAGCGCACUUUUCUCAGACCUUUUCUCAGAAGCAAGUGAUCAUUUCCAUUGGCUAUAUUUUUCAAUAGUCGACUAUAUCGCUCCAAAACUUUGGAUCUAGAGUUUUGACUUCAAAUAUAAGUGUUUUUACAACCAUCGAUUGGGACGGUCACAUACACAAGGGAACCUGCUGCAUCACUCUGUGUGCCUGCCGACUGCGAGUCGUGCGUCAAAGGCUCAACGACAUUAUCCACAGGCGGCGCAUCGCAGUUGUUUCAGUAGAAAGUUUGGAAUAAAUUGGACCAAAGUGACAGAAGACGUCUGGAUUCCUACGGAGUACUGAACCAGUCGUUCCCUUGUCUGUGGAUAGUACUACUUUCACAAACAUAGCUAUAGUCGCUCUCUCUCUCUCUCUCUCGCUCUCUCUCACUGUGCGAGCCCUCCCUCUCCUCUCUCCCUUGAAAGCGGAUUAUUUAUUAUAAAGCAGCUACCAUCGACAUGUCGACCCCAGACGCAGGAACCUCGGGAGCCGCUGAGGGAGAGGGGGGGCCUUCGGCCGCAGCACCCAACCUCACCAGUAACCGACGGCUACAGCAGACACAGGCACAGGUGGACGAGGUUGUGGACAUCAUGCGUGUGAACGUGGACAAGGUGUUGGAGAGGGAUCAGAGACUGUCGGAGCUGGACGACAGGGCCGACGCGCUGCAAGCCGGGGCCUCACAGUUCGAGAGCAGUGCUGCCAAGCUGAAGAACAAGUACUGGUGGAAAAACCUCAAGAUGAUGAUAAUAAUGGGAAUCAUAGGAGUCAUAUGUGUUGGAGUUGUCUUCUUGUAUUUCUAUUAUUGAGCUGGCCUCUUCAGGGACGGACAGCAAGCGCAAGACGAGAUACUGAAAUGCCGCCAAAUCCACGUGUGAAUCCUGCCUUCCCUUGACCCCUCCUUCAUCCCUCUCUUCUUACCAAUGCCUUCCAUCUGAAAACCACCAUGCACGCGUAGACGUCGGCGCAGUGCCUCUCCCUCUUCUAUCCUCACGGUUGUUCUCUGCCGCUGUGUCCUUGAGCAAGGCACUUAAUCCCUACAAUUGCUCUGGCGGCACUGCUCGGUGGCUGACGCUGUGCUUCCCUGGACCUUGUGGGUGUGCGUGUGUAAGGUUGGGUAUUGUGACAGAAAAUCAAUCAACUUCUGUUGUAAAAUGGACAAUAAAGUAUCUAUUCUAUUUUUGGCGCUCUC